AUGAACGAUGUUUGGGUUUCUGCACACCAAAAGAAUUUAAUUUGUCGUCAUGUCAUUAAUGCACGACUAGCUACAUCGUCGUUAACGCAAGAUUUUCACCAUUCAUUAUUGAGAUAUUAUAAACUAAUGACAAUAUUAACUCGUGAUAUCGAGCAAAUAAACAACGAUCACACUCUAUUGAUUACCAGAAACGACCAAUUAAAUGAUAUAUUAGUCAGAUGCAAACAUUACAUAAAUGAGUUACAAUCAUCAAUUCCCGAAACGAACCAGCAGCUUAAUGAAAUUCAUCUCAAUCAUCUGCGUCUACAAGAAGAGUUAACGAAUGUGAAGAACAGUAUUCUACCACCAGCAGUGCAUGACGGUAGCCUAAUAUGGAAAAUAACGGAUGUUUACCAUAAAAUCGAUGGUGCUCGGUCAGAUAUUCAUCCCUACAUCAAUUCACCACCGUUUUUCUCUUCACCCGUCGGCUACAAAAUGAAAGUCACACUCUAUUUAAACGGUGAUGGUGAAGCUCAUUGUAAAUACAUGUCAUUAUAUUUUAUGAUAAUGCAAGGAGAAUUUGACUCCAUUCUCCAUUGGCCAUUCAAUUUCGGAGUUACCUUCUGUCUCAUCGAUCAGUCAAAUCAACAGCGACACAUCACUGAAACAUUCUACCCAGAUUCAAAAAGCGUCGUUUGUCACAGACCUCGUUCAGAUACAAAUGAAGCCAUUGGCAUACAAAAGUUCUGCUCAUUAGAUUCACUUCGUCACUACAUACAAGACGACGUCAUGUUUAUUAAAAUUAACAUCGAUUUCGUCACAAUUCCACCGCAUCCCACAAUCUGUCUACCAGUCUCCUCAUCAACAUGUACACAGUCACCUGUUAUCGCCACGGAUGAAAGGCGUCAAUCAAUGCCCGAUAGUAACGACGAAUUUCGCCUUUGCAUUGCUGGUCGAUCAAAUGCACCACUCUAUUCAGUUCAUCCACCACCCUAG